AUUGUGGUGUAGGGGAAAGAAGUCAGGGUUGGGCGCGCAGCUCAUACAUACUUUUUGGGAGACUUGACCCCCUCGACACGCCUCUCAAAGGCAUGUUUAGCCGGAGUAGCUGUAGAAGCUGACGACAUCUGCGCAGAGAGUCAGGACAUGGAGCGGGGUGCAAAGUCCAGCAACGUCACGACAUCGUACCAUAGAUCCGAUCAACGGCCCUCCCGCAGGAAACCGGCAGAAGCUCUAGUUACGGUACGACAGCAGCGGAUUUGUGAGAAUAAGGAGGCUCAUGGCGUGCGUGGGCAGCCAAAGAGGAAGCCGAGGAUGCCACCGUUUCAGCGCAUUGGCAAGCCGAGUCGUGGAACCGUGGGCUCGCGAACAGGGCGAAAGUGGUGGGAGAUGGGAAAAGUUUGGUAUGUGGAAGAGAGAGAAGCGAUUUUGCGCAGAGGCGGAAGAGCAGCGACUGCCCUUUUUGGAGGUGGCCUAGCCCCGUUUACAGUAAUCCAGGCGGACCAAUAGCUGACGCGGACGCCCGCCAGCGCUCCACAGAAGCUUUUUGCGGCUGCGUUUGCCCUCUCUGGUGGGGGACUUUGGCAGCUAACAUGAGAAGAGCAUGGUAGAACGGGGCAUGUGAAAC